AGAACAUCAGUUGAAUCUCAGCGAUUACCUAGUUAGUUCAGAGAGCCAAACCAGAACCGCAUUUCCAUCCUCAAUAUGAAGUUCUUCUCAGUUGUCACUGUCUUUGUGCUCGGUCUGCUGGCACUGGCCAAUGCUGUCCCCCUGUCCCCCGAUCCAGGCAAUGUCAUCAUCAACGGUGACUGCAAAUACUGCAAUGUUCGGGGUGGUUAGUGGGAGGUAUCCUAACCAAGGUUCAAGGAAAGGCCAUAGCUUAAAUCAAACUCAAAAAACACAAUAUUUAUAAAACCAUCUUGCACACAAAUUAAACUUAAAGACCUCAAAAACAAAUAAACAAAAAUAAAAUACGGAAUUAAAA